AUGGGUUUCGCCGUAGGAAAUCACUACAUCUUUAACCAGGACUCUGAGGAGGCCAGCGUGGUGCCACUCUGUGCCAUCGAGGCCUGGUAUGAGAGUGACGGCCAGUGUGACGUCUGUGCCACCAACCUGAGGCAGCUGAAGCAGAAGGCUUUGCGCACAAUCCUCACCCAGGAGCAGGCCAUCUGGGCCCGCGAUCCCUCUCCUGGCGGCCUCUCCUCCCCCCGCCCCCCAAAACGAGCCCCAGGCCCUAACACCCUACCCAGGACCUCCAGUCCGCGCGCCAGCGCUGCCAAGCCUGUGCCGAAGUCCAGCGGUCAGGGGAAGGGCACGGGUACGGCGGGGCAGCCUUGUCUGGAGGCUCAGUGGUCUGGGUCAACGCUUCAAAGCAAUGGAGCCUCUCUGCAUCGCCACCAGAUGCCCCAGUCCACAGCUGCCACCCCUGGAGCCACAACCCCCACAGCCACCUCCACAGCCGUGGCCUUCUUUGUCAGGGCGGUGCAGAAGCUCAACCUCUCCGGCCGCAGGAAGAAGCCAUGCUCCGCCCUACCCUCCGGCGUGGACGCCCCGUCUCGCGUCACCGACUUCUGCGGCCUCCUACUGCGCUCCCCUCCCCUGGUCCCACGCCAUCUGCUCCUGGCCUCCACCCCAGGGAAACCCACCCCAGGCACUGGCAAGGGACACGUGAAGGUCAUGUUAAGGGUAAACCCGGUGGUGGACUCCUGCCUCAAACUAGACAGUCGCAGAAAACAGGUCACAGUACUGGACCCAAUUACCCAUAAUCCUCAGCAGCAGACCACAGCCUCCAAGGUCACCCCAAGGUCAUUCACCUUUGACGCCGUCUUCACUCCAGAGUCAAUGCAGGGAGAGGUGUGUGAGAGUGCUCUUCCAGGGCCCCUCCAGGCUGUCAUGAACGGAGCCGACGGAUGCAUCAUCGGGUUUGGACGAGCCGGGACGGGAAAGUCCUACACGAUGACGGGGAAAGACGACUCGAUCCUGAGCCUAGGGGUCAUCCCCUGUGCCAUCUCCUGGCUGUUUAGGCUCGUUAGCAAGAAGAGGGAGAAGACCGGGGCAGAGAUCUCUGUGUCCAUCUCGGCCACUGAGGUCUGUGGGAAAAAUGAAGUCCUCAGGGACUUGCUAUCCACUGAAGACAUGAGUAAUUUUGGCAAUGGCCAGAAACCAGGCAUUUGCCUUUGUGAGGACCCAGUCAGUGGAAUACAGCUUAUGAACCACAGUGUUGUCAGUGCACCCAUGGCGGAGAGAGCUGCCUCCCUAGUGGACGUUGCCCUCUCCUCUCGCAGCGGGAACAGGCCUGGAGUCAGUUCUCACAUGUUCUUCACCCUGCAUGUCCAACAGCAGCACAAGCAGGGCCCCACCAAAGACGCUGUGUGUGGAGGCCAAAGCAGGCUGAUCCUGAUAGAUCUGGGAAGUUGUGUGGAGGAGCACAGUAAGAACAUGGCCCAGCUCUCCUUCCCUGAGCUCAGCAGCGUUGUGUUGACACUCCUUAGAGGAGGCAAACAAGUCCCAAACAGGAAUAGUAAGCUGACCAUGCUCCUGCAGGAGUCUCUAGGGAACGUCAACUGUCAAACAACGGUCAUUGCUCAUGUUUCCGGAUCUGCAGAAAGACUUUCGGAUACUCUCUCUACAUUACAGAUCAUCGCUCGUAUUCAUAAGAUGCAAAGAAAAGCCAAGAAAUCAAGGUCCUCUUCACCAAGUGAGAGAAGUGUUCGUAAAGAGAAGAAAUUGCUCCAGGAGACCAAGCUGAGAGCGUUCCACUCCACUGGCACUCUGGGCCCAGAUGUGCCAACACCAAAGCUUUUCCGGGAUAAGGAGGAUCGCUCUGGGAGUGACCUGUCCUGCGAUACUGUCAUUCAUGUAGAUUCUGAUGGAUGCAACACUGACGUGAACAAGAAGCCCCAGGAGUCCAUAUCAAUAAUCCCAUCUUUGCUCAAAAGCAAGACUGUAGAAAUAACAAACCCCUUGCAAGCUCUGAAACAGCGCCCCCAGAGGACAUUCCUGAAAGACUUUCGCCUCAUUCACCGGUCGCAAGAGGAGAAAGAAACAAAAAUGUCAGCGACCCAAGAGGCAGAGAUGGAAUAUUUCAAGUGCAGCACAUUUGCAGAGCUGCAGGAGCGUCUGGGAUGCAUUGAUGGAAGUGAGUUGAUCAGCCAGGGCCAAUCAGCCGAGACCGUGGGGAAAGUACAACCUUCGCCAGAGGCCAAAAAAGGGACAGAGAAGACUGAAAUAGCCAAUCCUGUCCCCUCUGUACAGGAGAAUACAGAAGGAAAUGGCUACAGAGCAGCUUGUGAGACAAAAACUAUUGACACUGACCUCAUAGAUUCUUUUCAAGGUGAUCCUACAGGUAACAAGGAGAUCCCCAGUGACACACCACUGGCAGAUAACCUGGGGAAUCCUGCUGACAGCAGAAGCCAGACGAGUGCUUCAGAUUCUGAUCAGUGCUUCGCUGAGCUUGAUAUGACAAAGUCUCAAGGACAGUCCUCAGAUGAGUCGUUGCUUCACCCCGAAUACAGGAUCUCUCCUAUUGGCAAGAGUUCCUCAAAAUCCUCCUCCUCUGGUUCGUCAUUGUCCUCCUCCUCCAUGUCUGCUAGCACAGACUCGCCCAUCACUCUGACUGACGCCACUCCCCAGCUGUCUGCUGAGGUUCAGAGAGAGAUGAGGGCCACCAUAACGGUGACCGUCCAGCAGCCCUUUGACCUGAACGGGCACGACGAGUUGGUGUACACUGUGGUGGAGGAGGUCACCAUCAGUGGCAUGGCUGAGAAGGGCAGACCAACCAACGUCAUCAGUUUCAGCGAGGGAAGCUCUCUCCAGGCCUUGACCACAGGUUCGCUGCCAGUCAGGAUUAUUAGCAGUGUUAGCGAGGAUGCUAGCAUGCAAGAUUCCUCAACCAGGAAUGGGGCGCUGGAGAAACAGCCCCUCUUGGCAUCACAGGAAAGAUAUGAACUCACAUCUAACCAGGUCUCUUCCAACAAACCUGAGACUCAUGGUGUACAUCCUGGUGCUAGUGUCGAGGGCUUUUACCAGCCCAGCAAUAGAGAACUGGAGAACCAGACAGAAACUCAGUCCAGUAUGGCCUGUGAGAUGGCCCAACAUGCCAGUUGUUCUUUGGGAAAUGCAGGUGGCAAACCUAGUCUAGAGAAAUUGCAAUGUGGGUACACACCUUCUCAGGAUCUUUGUAAGAAAAAACUAGAGGUUAUCAAGGAAAUGCCUUCACCAGCCAAAAGUAUGGAUAAUCCCUGGAAAGCCUAUAACCAAGAUGUCAUCUCCAAUAACUAUACACCAACAUCGAGUGUUCAUCAAGGAAUAGUCAGGCAAACAGAUGUUAUGUCAGACAGCAACUUUCAAAACUCAAUCCAAAAUGAUGCCAAGAAAUCUAAAGACCUUGAUAUUAACAUGUUCCCCAGCAGGACUAGUGGCUAUCACAGUCCUAUUCAAAAUGAGGCCAAGAAAUGCAAGGACAAGGAUGUCAAUGUGUGCUCCAGCAGGGUUAAACUUGAUCAGAAAGUCUCUGGGGUGACCAGAGAUCCCACCACGGAGUUCAGACCGGAAAAGAAAGCAACUGUCAAGAACUGUCAACUGUCAAGUCAGUUAAACAAACAUCCAUCCUUUAAAGGUGAAGCCAUCAUGUCACCGUCCUCAAGAAGAAGGCUGGUGGAUGCUUAUGACCUCACCAGAUCAGAGAGCCUCAAUUCCAAACAUCACAGAACAGCCAGCUUACCAAGAGCUUGGCAUAGUCUGGACCAAGAGGAUGGCUUUGAGGAUGAUUACCCGACAAGUACAGCCAAAGACUGUAAGGUUAUAGGAGAGGCAAUGUCCACUCCAUGCAGUCCUGGAGACACUUUGGAGAGAAGGCAUGGUCGUACCAAACAAGGAAUAUUUGCAAGAGCCAAAGAAAACUUUUCAACCGGGAGGAGGGAUAGCCCAGAUCAAAAGAGAAGAGCCAGCAGUCAAUCCAGUCUGCCUAGGAGUCCAGUAUUACACCAAAAGUCAUCAUUUCAUUAUGCAGCUCCUGAUGAUUCCUGCAGAAGGAAGCAUAUCAAGUCCCCCAUUGAGGAAAGCAGUAAACUAUUCAGUGCAAAACUGGAGCAAUUGAGCAGUAGGGCUCCUAAUGGAAACACAUCACGGUCAGAAUUUUCAGACUAUUAUUUUUCAGAACAGGACAGUUUUAUGACAUCCACUGAAUCUGUGGAGUGCUUUGAGAGUGAUUCUACUUUGCCUAGAGCUAGUAGAAGUGGCAACAGGAGAUACCCAAAGUUCCUACCUAUGGAUGACCAAGAUGCAGAUUGUAGUAUAUCGGCAUCUAGAAGCAGUCUGUCCAAAGCUUCAGCAGUUAGCAAGCUAAUGAUGUCCAGUUCAAAGCCAAGCAGAAGCUCAACAUCCGGGGCCAAAACUAUGAACCUCACCACCAAGUCUCUGAGGCAGUCAUUCAGGAGCUCAAGUUUAUCACCAGAUGGAACAAGCUCUGGUCAUGGCUCAUGGUCAACCCAGUCACUUUCCCGAAGCCAAGGUUCUAGCUUUUCUGCUAAGUCCUCCAUUAAAAUCAUGAAUGGCAGGAUCACUGAGCUUCUUCGGGGAAAUGGAGAUCCCAUCUCUGGUGCAGACCAGGGUGGCUCUGAACACAAAGAGAAGGGAGCAGCAAAGGAUGACGAAAACCUCCCCUUGCCUUCACCUUACAGCAGGGUCACAGCUCCACGACUACCCAGCCACGGCAGCGGCCACGCUAGUGACACUACGAGCAUUCUAAGUGGCGAGCUGCCUCCAGCCAUGGGCAAGACCUCUUUACUGUGCAACCGCAACAGUGUUGUGAGCAGCGGAUAUGAGAGCUUGAUGAGGGACAGUUCAGCCACAGGAAGCAGCAUGUCCAUCAGGGAGUCCACCAGUGACCACAGCUGCACUCACAGCUUGGCCAGGAGCGGCAGGAGCUCCAAGAGGAGGAACAACAGCACAGCAGGGACUAGUCAGAGACGUCCGUCACAGGAAACCCUUCUGUCGUUACGGCGAUCAACCAGUGGCCCCCGAGUGCGCUGGGGUGACCGGGGUGCAGCUGACUCCUAUGAGAUUAAAGUCUAUGAGAUUGACAAUGUCGAUUGUUUGCAGAGAAGGGGGCUCUCUAGCAACCGAGGUGUGGCUUGCUUCAGUGCUAAGCUGAAGUUCCUAGAGCACCGUCAACAACGGAUUGUGGAGUUACGGUCGAAGUACAACCAUUUGAAGAGAGAGCUGGAGCAGGCAAAGCAGUACCUUAUGCUGGACCCAGAGAAAUGGAGUCAGGAAUUUGACCUUUGGCAGACAUUUGAAGUGGAUUCCCUGGAACAUCUUGAGGCCUUGGAGCUGGUCACAGCCAGGCUGGAAAGCAGACUGAACCAAUGCAAGGCUCAUACCAUGAUGGUGACAUGUUUCGAUGCCGCACCAAAGCGUCGACAGAAAAGAACAAAGAGACAUCGGCCUUCGCCAGACCAAAAGGGAUUCCUGUGACUCGUGUAUGCUGCAGACUGUUUGUGACAUCUUAAUCAAAGACGCUUGGACACUUGAUGAUCAAAGACACUUGGAUCUGGCUACUGAUCAUCAGUGACAUGAAUGCCACUUUGAUAGUACCAACUUUAAAAGAUUGCUCAAUUUUUGGUGCUAAUCCAAUCAAACUGGAUUUCUAAUGCCAUAGUACCUUUGAGACCAACUGAGACUGUAUAAAAGUGUAUUUUUCAUCCUUCAAGGACAAUCUAUUUCUCUCUACUUGACUCACGCUGUUAGGGUCCACUUAAGGCCGUGUCUUUAAUUGAAAAAGAGGUGAAGGGUUGAGUUCUAUAAAAUGAUUUCAAAAGGCAACAGGUCACUGCAUUUGGAACCUUUCCUGCACCACAUAAGAUUCUUUUGUACAGUAAACUGACAA